CACCGGCGUCGUUUGUGUAGGCUAUCGGACAUUUUCUCUCUACAUUAGGCUACUGCUUUGUAAUCUACUAUUCCCUUCCAGAAAACGCAUUUAAAUUAGCCUAAAAUGCUUGGUUUUCGAGGUUGUCUUUAUGGCCUAUUGCUUCUUUGAGAAUAUAUAUUUCGACCGAACGUCCGAGGCGGUUCAGGCUGGUGCACGCGCAGGUCCCAUUCAAACAGGUGGGAAGCAGGGAAACAAUCCCCGUUGCGCAAGGUUGCGGUGCGCGUGAUUGAUGAUCAGAUAGCCUACAUGGCUCAAUACCGAUUAGGCCUAAAUGUUUGAGAAUUGUCACGGUUUUCACUUGAUUCUGCAUCAGCUCUGACCAAAAAUUGUGUCGAAUGUCUAAAACCUCCAGUCAAGAGACCGUUUGCGCACAGGUGGGAGAUACCCGCUCUAUAGGACAGCCCCCCUCCCUCAGUUCCUCAGCGGAUGAUGUGAGCAAGUGACAUUUUGCCGUUGCGGUUCGGGACAGCAGGCGAAUAGUCUCUGCAAACAGGUGUGCGGCUGCCCGAAUCAGUUUCCUACGCCUUUAUUCCAGCUGACGAGGAAAGGGAGAAAGCCAUCGUAGUUGCGGAACCAUCCUCCUCGACGCGGGACGGGAGAGGAGGGGGAAACCUGCAUAAUAGCUAUUUUAUUAUUUGAAGAGCCAAACGGGUUAUAAGAUCGAACGCUAUGGCAACAAAAAAAUCAUCAUGCACGGAUGUAACGAAAAGGAGCCGGAGUCCCGUCGUUUUAGGAGCGGAGAUGUUCAGUGAAUUUCAGGACUGGUGCCUCCGGACAUAUGGGGACUCGGGUAAAACAAAGACCGUCACCCGGCGAAAAUACAACAAAAUCAUGCAGACACUGUUGCAAAACGAAGAGUCGGACGGCAUGUAUGUCGACAAUAGCCACAUCAAUGCCAAAUUCAAAUUUUGGGUGAAGUCGAAAGGGUUUCAGGUCGGGAGCAACAUUCUGGGAGAGCACAAGAAAGGAGCGUCAGGGAAGCCCGUCCUAUAUGUCCCAGUCAAGUCAACGUGUGCAGAUGCAGGCUCGGCCCAGGACAGCUCAUCCCUGAAGAGGGUAGCAGUGGUGGAGGACUUCUUCGACAUCAUCUAUGCCAUGCAUGUGGAGAUGGGUGCCGAUCCUGGUAGAGCACCUAAACACGCUGGCCAGAAGAAGACCUAUAAAGCAAUAGCGGAGACGUACGCCUUCCUGCCCAGGGAGGCAGUGACACGCUUCCUAAUGAACUGUGGAGAGUGUCAGAAGAGGAUGCACAUCAAUCCCAGCACUGCAGAGUUCAAAGAAAAUGAUCGACCAACCUCCUUGGUUCCGGACCUCAUUGACUACAACAUGCCACUGACUGCCACCUACCUGAAACAGAUGAAACUACAGUGCAUGACUGCCAAUGAGCGGGAUGACAGUUCGGUGAGCAGUGAGGACAUGGAUAUGACUGAGCCCACGUGGGUCUCUGCUGAGCGUCCCCCUGUCCCUGAGCUCAGUCCCCCCAAUGGAGAAAAUGUACAAAGCCCACAGACCACACUCAAAGAGGAGGAUGAUGAUGACUCCUCUGAGAGUGGCAGUGGCCACGGUCUGCCAGCUCUGACUCCUCCGGAGGCGAUGGUUGUGGGCGCUGUCCCUCCAGAUGGAUUGGCUCCAUACAGGGAGGUGACUGAGAACGGGGUGAGUGCUCCCCUGGACUUCAGCACCACCACCUCCUCCUCUUCCUCCUCAGAGGACCAGCAACCAGUCAAUCUGACCGACAGAUUGCUGCCUGUGGGGAGCCCUGUUGGGACGCCCUACCCAACUGACUCCACCAGGAAGUGCCCCGGGAAUCCAGACUACGGCAACAAGUCUCCUCAGUACAGCUCCGGAAGCUAUGACUCAGUGAAGACUGAACUGAGCAUGAGUGCUGAGGACUUGACCUCUGGGCGUGCUCAGAUCAUUGAUGAUGAUGAUGACGAUCACGACGACCAUGAUGACAGUGAUAAGAUCACUGAUGCAGAGGGAAUGGACCCAGAGAGGCUGAAAGCCUUCAAUAUGUUUGUUCGUCUGUUUGUGGAUGAGAACCUGGACCGCAUGGUGCCCAUCUCCAAGCAGCCCAAGGAGAAGAUCCAGGCCAUCAUUGAGUCGUGCAGCCGACAGUUCCCUGAGUUCCAGGAGCGCUCCCGCAAGCGCAUCCGCACCUACCUCAAGUCCUGCCGCCGUUUGAAGAAGGUUGGUUUUGAGACACGGCCCACACCUCCCCACCUCACCUCUGCCAUGGCAGAGAACAUUCUUGCUGCUGCUUGUGAAAGUGAGACACGCAAUGCUGCCAAGAGGAUGCGACUAGAUGUCUAUCAAGGCCCUGAGGAACUUGCUACUGUUGAUAAGAACGGCUCCAGGGACCCGGCCUCAGGGGCCCCUUCAGGCUUCUCCCUGGCUGCCUCAGCCUACUCCCAGUCCCAAACCCAGGAGCCAGUCUACACCAACGGCACCAACGGAGGCCUCAACUACAGCUUCCACAGUUACGGGGCAAUCGGCAACAACCUGCCGCCCACUGGUGCCACCACACAGACCAAUGGUCCCACUGAUCUCAGUAUGAAGUCUGUGGCUCCCACCUCCUCCUCUUCCUCCAGUUCUAACAGUCACGGUGGUCAGGGUGGAGGCGGGGGAGGAGCCUCGGCUCAGCUCAGCCCCCCUGAGGUCACAGCGGUGCGGCAGCUCAUCGCCGGGUAUCGAGAGUCUGCCGCCUUCCUGCUCCGCUCCGCAGAUGAGCUGGAAAACCUAAUCCUGCAGCAGAACUGAAACAGAACCAGGCCAGACCGGGCCGAACCGCGCCGUCUCCCCAGACUCUCCGUCUGCACUAUCACCCUCAGUCACACACAGUCAGACAUCUAUACACCCAACUGAAUAAAGAGUCAAAGUAAAGAAUAAGAGUAAAACUGCAUUGCACAAUUGGGCCAUAUACAGCAGAUGGUAGAUAUAUGGUACACAUUCACAGUUUACAUAUCACAGGAGCAGAAACAAUUAAAAGAAGAAUACAAUCCAUAAUUUCACACUGAUCUUAGUGCCCAGUUAACUUCUGCCAUUCCCAUAACAAACCUACACCCUAACCACUUCAUCCAUUCCUCCAGAAACACCCCGAAGUCACCUCCUUCAGUGGAUGCUCUUUUCUAAGCUCUGAGGAGGUAAUUGUCAAACAUGUAUUGCUGCUUCAGAUUUGACCUUUUGUAACUGAUCUGUUCAUCUCAACAGUAGUUUUUAAAGUUUGAAGAUGUAGGUAUGCAAACAGGGAUGUUAAACCUGUAGGGUAAAGCACUGUAAUGUUUCCAAGCCUACAGGCUUUGGAUCGUAGGCAAAAGGUUACUGCUUCUGGGAAACGUGUGGAACAAGGUGCAAUAUGGAAGAUAAUGAGUAAAUGUGCAUGCGUGGAUAUACCAUUUUGGCAAGUCAAGCCAAUAUCCACAUAGUCAUGAUGGCUUUUUGUGAGACUUUGUGCAAAAGGAGGUCUUCUCAUGGUACCUCUAACUGCUCCCCAUGCUUUCAGUCUCAGUGUGAUGAGCUAAACUGAAAAACAAACAUCCCAUACUUUGUGAGGCUCCACUGGGAGCAGAAACGUUAGUUGUCAAUCAGGAAUGCUGUAUAAAUGGAAGGGGGAAAGAAAUGAUAUCCCCUGGCAGCACUGUAGCUUCAUUGUUCUUUGUUUUGAACGCUGUUUGUCUUUGUCUCUAAUAUAACUGAAGCCUUUCAUUGAAUGGCACCAAUCAGACAAAUAUGAAUAGGACACAGAAUGAUCUGAAACGUGAGAAUAUUUCCUAGUCCAAUUGUAAGAGUUUUGCAAGAGUUUGUGUUGUUUUAAGUCAGUCAGAUAUGAACAGCACAUGGUUGCGUAUGAACUUUGUCUCAUGAACGUCACGUGGUUGUGUCAUGGAAUUGUAUGAGGAAUGCAUUGGGCUCCUUGUAAUCAGCUGUUGGCCUGCUAUAGAAAAAGAUUUCCCUCCAAAUCCCACCAUAUCCUCUCUGCCUCAACUCCUCUUUCGUACCCGUCUUUGCAUUUCUCAUCAACAGAAAUUGCGUUAUCAAACACAACACUGUUUUAAAAAAAGUAGCAAAAGACAAUCUUGAAAAUGUGUGAUCGCAUCACAGUUUACUCUCUCAAUUUCUUGCUAUGGUGUGUGCGCUGUACGUGGGGGGCAGCACAGAGUACCGUAGCCAUAAGCAGAGCACAUCCUUUCUCUGAACAGAUACACAGACAGGCCAGUCAGUGGAGCACUCAGCACUAAGAAAUGUGUUGUAAGAAUUCUAUUUAUCUACUUUUGUUAUUGUUGUUGAACGUUAGCAUUACUGUGUGUUGUUUUUGAUUUCUGUUUGUUGUGUGAAGUGAUGUGGAGUGGCCCGUUCCAACGCUCUUUUGUACAAGACAUUGUAAACAAGUUUGCUCCGUAAACUCAACAUUCGAAAACAAAGAAAACAAUUCUUUCACGCAAUCAACCUGGUCAGCACCUUAUAGAUUUGUCAGAUAAUUCAUACCAGAGAGGAAUAUAUUUCAGUGUCAUUUAUCAUAAAUGAUUGAAGUCAGCAGCACAUAUAUUAACUAAACUGCUGGGAUGAUCAAUCCAAGAACCGGUCAGUCUACGUUUAAAAUGACAUGCACAAAAUUAUCUGUAAUUUAUUCAUGGUCACCAUCCAUGACAUAAUUGGACUGCUUUAUUAUAUUUCAAAUGUAUAAUCUAUUGCAAGUUUGGAAGCACUUUACAGCUCAGGAUAAAAUAACAUGGUACAUAUUUGUAACCGGACAUUGUUACAGAACAUCAUACUUGAUUCAUGAAUUCAAUUUACACAUUUAAGCUAAACGUGCUUGACAAUGGGAUGGUGAUGGUGGUAUAUGAUGAGAGCUGAUAUGAGUGUGUGUUUUGCUUUUCAUUUUAAUUGUCUGUAUCGAUUUAAAUGUAGAUAUUUUUGUCCACUCAACUGAUAAUUGUAUGCAGGGGUGCAACUUUCACUGGGGAUGGGGGGUGGGGACACAUUCUGAAAUGGCAUUUUCGUCCCCCCCCAGUUUUAUCAUUGGAAUGUGAUAAAGAAUGAGGCAACGGUGCGCUUUAGGACCAUGAGGGUUCGGGUAGACUGUUUGGAGUGUUUAUCCGAUUGGAUAAAACAUUUUUUUAAAGAUAUGUCCACCCACUUCUAAAGCCAAAGUUGCGCCCCUGAUCGUAUGGAUAAUUUGAUGUGGAACACAUAAGCACUCUUAAAAUGCACAAUACUGGGUUAUAAAGUUCAUGGCAAGGCUCAAGCCAGACUCAUCCAAUCUCAUUGUCUUAAAAACUAAAUUACUUCAAUCUGAAUUUUUACUAGCAACACAAGUAAACUAUUGCUUUAAAAGCUCAUUAUAUUUUGCACACAUCAGACUUCCGAAAUUGUAUUUUAGCUACACUAGUCAGGCUUUACAAACUGUUAUUUUGAAAUAUCAAGGAAGGCUCAGGCGUCCACACAUUUGAACACGGUUAAUUUGGAUAGACUUGUUUGGAUAGACUUUAUCAAUCAACUUGAUCGCUACCUGGGGCUCUGUCCCGAUACUCUUAAAUGUCUUCCGUGUCUCCUCCACCUCCAUUUGCCCCUUGUCUACUUUUGGCCAGCCAUCAUUUCCAACAGCCAUCAGGAAACUACUAUCUACACUUCAUUAUUUUACUGAUGCCGGGUUGAUCUUAAUUCUUUUCAUCCACGUUAAACUAAUGCAUCACUUUGCUUUGUGUGUUCAAAAAAAGGAAGAGAUAACUUUCUCUUCUUAAUUUGUCUUAAGACUACGAGCUACAUUUUACGUGUGCUGCAGCUACUGUGACCAAUGAAAACACAACCAUUUGUAGACACAUUUUAGUGGCCAGUGGGAUUUCUCUUUGCAUAGGCAGGACAAUGUAAUGUAUAGAUGUUUGAUUAAAAAAACUGAGCGUAAAAGCCCUAGUAGCUUGUGCAUUGCUGAUGUGGUCAGAUGUUUGUAUAACUGUUCAAAGGGCUGUAAAAGAAACAUUUUAAAUCUAAAUCGUUUUUCUGUGGGGUACAGCACUGUUCCAGAAAAAUCUACGCCGUUUCAACCCUUGCCUGUUUUAACUUAUCAGUUGGUGGUGCUUUGUAAAACGUAUAAUGUUCUUGAUAUUACUUUCUUUGUUACUUCUCCUGCAUUGGCCAGAGACUGCAGUUCUGUGCGGGGGUGUAAUUUACUGUAUACCAAUGUGACGCUUUGUAUUUUUUCCUUCUGGUUUUUUGGACUCAGUGAAAGUGUGAUGUUUACAUGUACAGAUUUUUCAAAAGACUUUUACUUUUCGUCCAUGUUAUUUUCUCACCCUACCCCGCCUGUUUAUAUUUACUCAGACAUGUCUUUAGUGCAUUGCAUCAAAUGCAGACAGAUGUGACUGCUUUGAAUGGUGGUCAGGUCAGAUGACAUUCACAUGGCCAAAGUGAGGAUAGACUAGGACAACCAGGUUGGGGUUGAUAUCUGAUGAUGGCUGAUAGCCCUAUAGGGAUUCUGGAGUGAGAGGGAGUGUCACGCCAGUUCAAAGUGCACCAUGAAUAGCCUACCUCUGUCUGAGAUUUAUCAGUAGCAUAAUGAUACACGGAUCCCCCACUGAGGGAUUGCAGAUAACCCACCAGUUUUUCCUCUACUGAAUAGCCCUCUAUAACAUGCUGAUAGCAGCUCAUGGCACCUGGUGCGGAAUUGAUUCAUUAGCAUUUAACUAAAUUACUGAGAAACACAAAACAUUUAAUAAUAGAACAUGUGUACAGUAGUUGAAACAUAGUGGCAGGCAAUCAUUUUAUGAUGAUUCUAUUAUGAUCACAUUCCCUGGUUGUUAUAAGGAACACUUUGACCUUUCGUAACAGCUCCUCAGUGAUGUGAUGUAAAAGCCAUUCCCCCUCUCCUGGUCCUCAAGGGGGGACACAGGAACCUCAGGAAACGCUGAAUCUCUGAGUUUAUUUUUUAUCCAUUAUGAUCUUUGCUGAUGGCAGUAAAGACUCUCUACCUAUUACCAUGACAUUUAUAUGAAACGUGUAUCAUUGUUUUGUACAUUAAUCAUUGUGAUCUAAAAGUGGAGCUUUUUCCAGUACCUGUAACUGAAUAUUUAGAUUUUUUUGAAAAGUGUUUAUAGGUAUAAAUAUUUAUUGAUAUAUGUGAAGCGACUAAAAAGACAAAAGAAAAGGCAGAAAAAUUGUCGUUUGUUUCAUGCAAAGCCGCCCAGACAGGAUAUUCUCUGCCUCUGACAUAUCACUAUUGAUGAGGGACUUGUGUUUGUUUUGAAUAGCGCUUUUUUUCAGUGUAACGUCAACGCUACGGUAAAAAAUGUUGGUUACCAACAGCAGCAUUGCAAGGCUCUCUUCUGAGAUGUCAGUAACUGAAUAAAACAGUGUGAUGAGCUAUCAAACCGAAA